GUACUAGCAGAUUCACCAAAAAACGGGAAUCUGUCGAGUGUCGUGUGUUCGUUUGGCAUCGCGGCAAAAAAAAAUCUUUUUAUUUCUCAAAAUUUAACAUUCAGCUUUAUUCACUUUUGUUUCCUUUUUGGCAAGUAAAUUUAGGACGGCGACCAGCGAGUUAUCGGCCAUUAAAUGGAUAUGUUUUUCAUCAAAUGGUAAUUGGAAGCCGGUUAAAAUAUCGAACGGUGUGGAAACCAUUGAUUUCCACUUCCACUUAGCAUAAUAAGAAACCUGCUUAUCGAACAAUGGAUCAAGAGUACGAAGACCAACAACACCCACCGAAGAAAUCGGCAAAGCAAAACAACGCCCUGCCACUAUGGGGAAACGAAAGUACAAUGAACCUCAACCCGUUGAUUCUGGCCAACAUCCAAGGUUCUAGCUACUUCAAAGUGUCCUUGUUCAAACUUAAGACUUACCAUGAAGUCGUGGACGAAAUCUACUACCAAGUCAAACACUUGGAACCUUGGGAACGGGGAUCACGUAAAACUUCCGGCCAGACGGGAAUGUGCGGUGGGGUUCGAGGAGUUGGUGCUGGAGGCAUCGUGUCUACCGCCUUCUGUCUACUGUAUAAGCUGUAUACAUUGCGGUUAACCCGAAAGCAGGUCAACGGACUGUUGUCUCACGGAGACUCGCCGUAUAUUAGAGCUUUGGGUUUUAUGUACCUUAGAUUCACUCAACCUCCAGGAGAUCUUUACGAUUGGUACGAAUCUUACUUACUCGAUGAGGAAGAAAUAGAUGUUAAAGCUGGCGGUGGACAGACAAUGACAAUCGGCAAUAUGAUCCGUCAGUGGCUCACUAAACUGGAUUGGUUUUCCACCUUGUUUCCGCGCAUACCCGUUCCAAUACAAAAGCAAAUUGAAUCCAAGUUAGACCAGUUUGCUAGAGAAAACAACGUGUCUUUUGCCGACCCAUCGAGUGAUCGCUACAGUAAAAGUGGUGGACGACCAUACGAACGUCCUGGCGUACCGGCUGCAAGAGAGGACUAUCGUGGAAGCGGUGAAUCCAGCCGAAAGCGUCCCGAUUUAAGUGGUCAUUGCGAUCGUGACCGGGAACCAGCACGAUCUUCGCGAACAGAUCGCGACGAUGACGUACGGCGGGGGCGCGAAAGAGAACGUGAACGAGAUCGGGAAAGGGAUAGAGAGCGAGAAAAAGACCCUUUCCGAGACAGACGGGAUCGUGAUCGAGAUUAUGAUCGCGGCAGGAAUAAGUGUCGGGAGAGAAAAUCUCGUUCACGAUCGAGAGAUCGAGAGCGACGGGAUCGUGACAGAGAUUACGACCGAGAGCGAAAGUACCGUUAGCGCAGUUUAGAUGCAGAUAGUUUGACUAUUUCUAACAAAAAAAAACUAGGUAAAAAUUGCAAAACAUAUUAGGACAAUGGAUUUAGAAAUCCUGCCUCAUUCGCGAAUUAAAGCAAAGUAAGUUGAAAAGUAUUUAAACGUCAAACUUAAACAAUACUCUUCCGAGCGCUUAACACAAUUGCGAGGAGUAUUUCGAUAAAGCUAAACAAAAUUGGAAUACGGUAAAACAUUUUCAUGUCUGUCUGUCAGUGGUCUUAGCAUUGCGACUCUCAAAUGCUAGAUACUUUCAACACAAGCUGAAACACUAAGUACCUUUACAGGCGAAUAGCAGCAACUUCAUUACGGGAUACAUACAUUUUUUCUCACAUUGUUUCUUAUUUUAAUCCUUCUCAACCAUCAUUUUACCUCAUACACCAGUUCACAAAUAAUACAAGAAAUAUUAUGACAGACGGAUUGCAAUGGUAGGCUCAGACCGGCUAGAUAUGCACAAUCAGUAACGAAGUGGAAAACUGCAGGCUGAUAUAUUUUCUGUUAGUAGGUUUUACAAUGUUAUCUGCAGAGCGUAGAUUACAACAAAAACGGGUAGACAUGAAAUCAAAAGCUUUCCACUGCAAAAGCAAUCCUAGCAAGUAGCCAUUCCGUGCAGUCCGUCGUACAGUUAUUUUCCAAUAGAUCCUAUCAUGUUAAUUUCAACUUUCUCUGUAGCAUUCACGCUUUUCUAGCUUACCGUUAAAUAUCACGCAUCUCGAUGGAUACACUACUUGUAAUAAUGGAAGCAAAUUCCGAAGAGAUUCUACCUCAAAUAAUAGAGUUAGCAUAGAGAGUGAAUCUGAAUCAGCACUGAUGUGUAUCCAUUGUUUUGCCAUAAUACAAUUCGUUUAUCACUUUUCACUACUAUCACGCAAGCACGGUAUAGACCCUCUAACCCACAAAAGAAGCAAAUGCGAAAAAAUCGCUCGUAUUAGUUGAUUUCUGAUUUUGAGCGGGAAAUCCAUUAGUUUAUAAGGUAUAGUAGGGAGUGUGUAGAAAACGGAAAUAUCGGCUCAGGAUUAAUACGCAUACCUAUCCUUACCAAUUUACACAUAACACAACAUUCACACUCUAAAACGCAACUGUAGACUGGACUUGUUGUAGCGGAAGUUUUAUUCCAACAGAUUUUAGCAGCAAGCAGUCAUUUUGGCAGGCGAAAAUCCAACGACUUUAACGAAUUUGCGAAGCAAACCCGUUGAAUGUUGUUUCAAGAUAAGAUUUCUGUCCGUUACUCUGCCCGGCUGCUGCUAGUAAAUUGUCGAGAUGUUCUCGACCGAUAUCACGCGUUUAUGAAAACGUUAGCGUACGUAGCUGUGUAACAAGAUGAGCGAAUAAAGUGUAACAUGAAACUUCGACGGCAGUACUCAAACAUACAUUGAAAGAAACAGAAAAAAUACGAUAAUAAAGAAUAUUACUGUAUUUCGAAAUAA